AUGAACAAAGCUUCGUCAGCUACGUAUUUAGAAGAUUGCCUUUUGCGGGGGUUAGCGCGGGAGGACCUCCAGAAGGUGCACGCGCAGCUGGCGGAAGAGGAGCAGCGGGAGGAGCGGCAGCAUCAGCAGUAUCAGCAGUAUCAGCAGUAUCAGCAGCGGGAGCAGCAUCCGCAUCAGCAGCUGCGCGGAGAAGAAGACGAAGAAGAGGAAGAAGACGAGGAAGGUGAGGCAGGCGAGGUAGACGAGGCAGACGAAGAAGGUGAAGAAAGUGGGGCCCCUCUCAACAACGCCCACCGCGACAGUAGGAACGAUUUCUUUGGAGAAAAUCCCCCAACCCAUGGGGGCAGCGGCAACGAGUAUAUGCUUAACUACUUAAACGCGUACAUAAGUAAAAAUAUAAGGCACAGUAAAACCCCGGGAAAUAUUAACCAGCCAAAUUUCCUGACUAGCCAAAGUGCAGGCAACAUGAGAAGUGGAGACCCGACCAGCAUGACCCUCAUCGAGAGUGACCAGCAUGACCAGCAUUGCAUGAGAAACUUCCUCAAAGGCACGGAUGGAACGGAUAAGGGUGGCUACCCUUUACACGACGGACAGGUCGCAGCCAACGUUCGCUACAUGCUAAUCCCGAAUGAGAGUGAGCGGAAGGAAAAGGUGGGCUGGAGUGAAGGCAAAGAGAACGGAAGCCUGAAUGGACGCAAAGAGAACGGAAGCCCGAAUGGACGCAUAAGCAACUUUAUACACACGGAACUACAGAACGGCUGCGCGGACGACAGGGGGUAUGUGUCAAACAGGAGUAGCCUGAUGAAUGGAUCGAGUGGCUCAGACCAACGAGUGAAGAACCAACACGACUGGGAAAGAGCAGCAGCUGUGCUGGCGGAGGACGUGGGGAACAUCUUUGUGAAUAAGUUUCCCCCAGGCGGGAUGGGAGUCAUCACCGGUGGUUUGAGGCAUCAGAGCGGCAUGCACAACGCCCAGAAGGAUUUCGCCGAUGUGGGCAUGUUUGGUGGGGAGGGGGGAGCCAGCCGGUCGUUCGUCAGUGGGGAUUACGUGGAUGGAAAUUAUUCGCUUAGAGAUUAUACAAGCGGUUAUCAUGUGAAUAACCCCCACGUGGGCUCCCUCCAGGCCAGCGGCGAGGCCUCAAAUCUGAGCGGCCCCGUGAACCCCCCCCCGAACAACGCCAGAGAAUGCGAAAACUACAAACUGUCGCCGAGUGGAAGUGAAAACGUCUCCCCGAGUAAGAAGCCGAGUGAGUGCCAUCAGCCCCAGGGGAUGUUCCUCAACAGCAUUGGGGGGGGAGGCGAUAAAUGGGGAGUCCCCAGUUUGAAGGAGGACCCUACUAUACUAACCGACUGUGAAAAAGCGAACCGUCCAAACAGGAAGGCAGGUGAAGUACCCCCAGUAAUGACCCACUCAAAUCAGUGGGUGAGGGGACAACAAAAGGAAAACUAUCGAAGCUUCCUUUAUGUGAUUAAUAAACGAAUGGAGAUUUUCUCCAAAGAUAGGAAUGUCCUUGCUAUAGAAAAAAUGAACAAGCCGGGGUUCCCUUCCGAGAGGAAUCCACCACUUAGCCGUAACAACCCUGUGUGUGGUAGUAACGCAGCUAAGGGAGGACCCCCUUUGGGAGGAACGAAAGUGAACCCAGAGGGGAGGGAACAAGACCCUAUCGAUGAUAUCGCUGGUGCAUCCGCGGUUAAUGCGAACUGUCAUGGAGGCUUCUUACAUAGCGAGCCAAACGAAAGUUACCUAAACGGAAACGUGAAAGGGGUGCAACAAGAGCGGCGACAGCACAUGCUGCAGCAGUGUUAUGAGGGGAAUGCGGCUUUUGGGGGUAGGCAGGGUGGCACGUCAGGUGGCCAUUCCCGCCGGGGUUCCUUCGCAGGGGGCGGAUCUCAUCCAAAUGGGUUGUUGCACACCCACGGGGGGGACAUCUCCAGGGGGAACACCUCCCAGCGCAUCAGAUAA